UAUCAAUGAAGUAGUAAAAGGGGGGGACAUCUGCAGAGAAGGUGAAGGGAAGGUUUUUUAGAGGAAGCCUUUGACAGACUGUUUGCUUUGGCUGGGUUCCCUUCUUUUAUUUACUGAAUUCAAGAGGUGACCAACAAAUAAAAGAAUGAAGUUCAUCAUAGGCAUUGGAGGUGUGACCAACGGUGGGAAGACCACUCUGACAAAUAGACUUCUAAAGACAUUACCCAACUGUUGUGUGGUGCAUCAGGAUGACUUCUUCAAGAAACCCGAUCAAAUAGAAGUCGGGGAGGACGGCUUUAGACAGUGGGAUGUGAUCACGGCUCUGGACAUGGAGGCCAUGGUGAACACUGUGAAGGGCUGGCGGGAGAACCCGGUCAAGUUUGCCCGCUCGCACGGCGUCAGCCUGUCGUCUGAAGCCGAGGACACCGACACCGAGAAGGGGAUCCAUAUUCUCAUCAUCGAGGGGUUCCUCAUCUACAACUACAAGCCUCUCAUUGAAGCCUAUGACAAAUGUUUCUACAUUUCCAUUCCUUAUGAGGAGUGCAAGGAGAGGAGAAGUACAAGGACAUACACAGUCCCCGACCCCCCAGACCUGUUUGACGGCCACGUCUGGCCCAUGUACUUGAAACACAGGAAAGAGAUGGAGAACAACUGUGACAGAAUAGAGUACAUUGAUGGCAUGACUUCAAAGGAAGACAUCUACAGCAAAGUGUAUGAAAGCAUUCAGAACUCGCUGCUGAACACAUAAUAGCAGCACGGGGAUAACCAAGGAUCUGUGUAUAGACUUGUAAAUAUCAUUUUUGCGUCAGCGUGUGACCCCUGUUCUGUACUUCUAGCCUGAUUUGUAAAUAGUUAAGUCUGUAACUUAUUAAGAACUAAUGGCAGAAGCGUUGUGUUUUGUAUAGCCCUGUGUAACUUUUUUUUCUAAAAGAUAAGCCACCUCUGGACGUUCCCAGUGUAAAACAUCUGGAAAGAGAAUUGAUGUGAAAUUCUAAAAGUACUGGGAGGACAGAUUUGUGUUUCACAACGAAAAAUGAAACGUCUGAAUCCA